AUGCGUAGUAAAUGUCACAUGCCUUCCAACUCUUCGCCAGGGGUCGACAAUGUCUUCGGCCCUGCUGUCGGCACUGGGUACCGCGAUGGCUUCGACUUUACAUUGUUGUUUGAACAGAGCAUAUUAAGCAUUCCCCCAGCUACCAUUCUUCUGAUUAUCCCGCCUCUCCGGAUAAGAUAUCUACUUAGGAAAAAUUUUCGGACGCGAUACAAUGCAGUCCGAAUUACAAAAUUUGGUAAGGAGUCUUUCGUUAUUGCGGCCGGGUUUGCAGCUGUACACCUAGCGCUGCUCGUUCUUUGGGCAUAUACCACCGUGCCGCGCACAAGGGCUACCAUACCCUCAGUGGUCCUGAAUGUUCAGCUUGUGAUUCUUUCCUGGACUGAAGACACCCGUGCCUAUCCGCUGUUGUCUUCCCUUUUUGAUAUAUCUCAAGCGAGGACUUUAUGGGCCCUUCAGGGCAGGAACGAGUCUAUUGCCACCGCAUUCACCGCGAGUGUAGGAUUGAAGGCUACAUUCUUCCCCAUUGAAAGCACAGGAAAACGACGAUAUUUGCAUAGGGAAUAUCGCAAUCUUCCACCAGAAUCUACUAGUGGAAUUUUCAAGCAUUCUAAACUAUUCCUUGCCGGGUUCAAGUCAGUUCUCACACUGAAUGAUUUGGAUGGGUUGGAUAAGAACCUGCAGUCCACUGGCCAAAGUCACAAAGCCAAAUAUGCGUGGCAGCGGCGCAAAAGGCCAGAGAGGCGCUUUGAAGUGCCUAUAGCCAUUUGCAAAGCAUUGUGGUGGCCAUUGCUUUCGGCAGUCUUUCCACGUUUGUGCUUAAUUGGAUUCACAUUCGCCCAGCUGUUUCUGAUAUCUUCUCUGCUUGACUGGCCUCGCUUUAUUGCCAUGUUCAGGGGCGCGAUCGCUUCGUUGGUCUAUGAGCAUAGACUCAGUAUUUCAGACGGGAGUCUUGAUGAUCGCUCGGCUGCUAUUACCCUGAUGACAACAGAUAUUGGUCGGAUAUCUGCCUGUUUGGUCAGCUUGAAUGAAUGCUGGGCUCUACCUAUUGAGAUUGUUAUUGGUAUAACCUUGCUAUCCAUUCGUAUUGUUUGGGUAAACCUUGUACCAGUGAUCAUGACCAUAUUCUCUGGAAUGGGGAGCAUGAAGAUCGCCAAACACAUCGGAGGGCGCCAGAAGAUCUGGGUGGAUUUAGUACAACAACGAAUUGCCAUCAUGGCCUCGAUGCUCUCCAAAAUCCAGACCGUCCGGCGUAUGGCUGCUGCUUCUUCUGGUUGUUUUGACCGAAUUCAGAAGUUCCUACCAACACCAUCGAAACCUGCAAAUUCCAGACGCCGAACCCAGCCGGGGCGACAGAAGCUCAUACGUGCCACCCUUGGCCAUGCAUUUUGUGAGAAAGGUCGAAUCGAAGUCUCACCUAGAAAUAUUGCCUACUGCGCUAUUUGUGGCUUCAUAAACGAGAAUGAAGAUACAAACCGUAUUGACAUUAAGUGGUAUGAGACUGUUCUGCGUGCAUGUGCUCUUGGCUACGACCUGAAACUACUGGACAAUGGUGGUAGAGCGAAAAUUGGAAGUGGUUCUAGCACUGUCGUAAGUGGUGAUCAAAUGCAACGGAUCGCUCUGGCCAGGGCCUUGUAUUCCAGGAAGAAUGCACUUGAUAACGCCGCCAAAAAACUGAUUAUGACUCGUCUUUUAGGAGAAAAUGGCCUACUGCGGCAGCUCAAUUCUGCGGUUGUCGAAACUUUUCUCAUAUUCCGAUCACAUCUUUGUCCUAUCCAAUUGAAGGUUGGAAGUGACAACUCUAAACGGGGCGCGCAGCGGUAUUCGCAUGAACUUGAAGUCCUAGUAGUGAUACUGGAGUCGAAAUAUCUGAAGAUAGAGAGAAUAUCCAUUGGCUGGCAAAAGAUACUCACGUAUGUCUUUCUCGUGAUUCUCCAUGUCUUUUGCGCACGUUCAGUCGUAGAAAUAUGGCUGGAACGAUGGGCUACUCACGACGGGGCCCAGAAAGCUCAUUAUGGUAGUGUUUAUCUCGUAUUGGCCGUAAUCAAUUCAGUUGGGAAUCGUGGAUAUGUUUGGGCUAUCCUUGUUUCUUUAUCUCCUUCGAUGUCACGAAAACUGCACCGAAGGCUGCCAAAUACCCUGAUGAGAGUCUCUUCAUCAUAUCUUUCUAGCACAGACAGUGGCGUUAUCUUGAACAGGUUCAGCCAAGAUAUUGCUCUGAUCGAGGGCCAGUUGCCUAUUGGCAUGCUUGUAUUCGUCCCUACAUUCAAUUGGCAGGAGCAGUUUCUUCGUAAGAAUUUUAAACUGCUGGAUACUUCACAGAGGCCGUACUACCUUCUUUACUGCAUCCAGAGAUGGCUCACAUUGGCCCCGGAUUUGAUCGUUGCUGCAGAGACGGCCACCCUCGUCGGUCUGGCUAUCAAAAUCAAGGGCUCUGUUAGUGACGGCCUGAUUGGUGUCUCUUUGAAUAGUAUACUUUCAUUCAGCAAUAGCCUUUCCAGUGUUACCACCAGCUGGACCCAGCUCGAAAUCUCCCUUGGAUCUAUGUCAAGAGUACGGGAUUUUGAAACAAAUGUUGAGAUAGAAGAUGAGCCGAAAGAAGAGAAAGGAUCCCCCGCACAAUGGCCUAGUCAUAGCAUGAUUCAGUUCAGACAAAUGACUUCUCAGUACAGUCCCGAAAACGUUGUCCUACGGAAUAUCUCUUUCACCGUGCAAUCCCGCCAGAAAAUACGCAUCUGUGGACGGACAGGAAGCGGAAAAAGCACUUUCCUGGCAACAAUUCUAGGGAUAUUAGAAAUAUCACACGGUAGUCUAGUCAUCGACGGAAUCGACAUCACCAGCCUUCCCCGUGAGAUACUACGCGAAAGACUCGUAACUAUCCCUCAAAGUACGCUCAUGCCGGAAGGCAGUAGUAUCCGGACAAAUGCUGAUCUAAGCAGACAUCAUUCCGAUGCAGAGAUUAUAGGUGCACUUGACUGCGGCUGUCUGUAGAGGAGUGGGAAUGUAUUUGCUAGACUUCUUGAUGGUGAUGCAUUAUGAUCUCUGUCAGACUGGAUAUCCCUGCAACUGAGCAUGAACCUUGGAAGUACUCCAUAAUGAGCUAGAGGGUUAAUUAAGUGUAAUAUGGAAGUACAUUUAUUUACUCAAUUCAGAAAUGGCAUGAAGAUGGAAAUCCC